GGAGGGUGUAGAUUGCAGACUCAAUAGUAGUAGGGUAGGCUAGAUUGUGAUAGCGACAGAUGUCUGGAGAACACUGAGGGGCACUCCUCAGUGAAAGGACAGUCCCAGGUUGCACCUCAGAAAGCACGGGCGGAAUCUGUGCAGCUGUCACUCGCCAAGGUUUACCUCGACCACCAAAUCCGGACGAAUCUUGCAAAGGAGUACAACAGAUUACUCUUCACAAAUACAGGAGACGCCAUGGGAGGCAAACUGAGCAAAAAGAAGAAGGGAUAUGAUGUGAGCGAUCCCAAAGAGAAGAAGGAUGAAAUCACAGCAGCAGCUGUUAGUGCAGUGGAGUCCGUUCAAGCUGCAGUGGAGAGCUCUGCCCCAGCCCCAGUAGCUGAGGUGACAGCUGAGACAGCCAAGGUGGUAUCAGCAGCAGUAGAGGAGGCCGUAGGAUCAGCUGUGGCAGCAGUAACUGAAGCUGUGGAGACAGUGGUGAAAGAAACCACUGAAGCACUAACACCUGCAUCUUCGGAGGAACCAACCCCUGCUGCUCCACAGGAACCAACCCCAGCUCCAGAGAAGCCGACUGCUGUUCCAGAGGAACCAAUCCCGGCUCCAAAAGAACCAACCCCAGCUCCAGAGGAGCCCACCCCAGCUCUAGAGGAUGCAACCCCGGCUCCAGAAGAACCGACCCCAGCUCCAGAGGGACCAACCACAGCUCCAGAGGAGCCAAUCCCAGUUCCAGAGGAGCCAACUCCAGCUACAGAGGAGCCGACCCCAGUUACAGAAGAACCAACCCCAGCUCCAGAGGAACCAACCCCAGUUCCAAAAGAACCAACCCCAGUUCCAAAAGAACCAACCCCAGUUCCAGAGGAACAAACUCCAGUCCCAGAGGAACAAACCCCAGCUCCAGAUGAACCAACCCCAGCUCCAGAGAAACCAACCCCAGCUCCAGAGGAACCAACCUCUGUUCCAGAGGAGACAACUCCAGCUCUAGAGGAGCCGACACCAGUUCCAGAAGAGACAACCCCGGCUCUAGAGGAGCCGACCCCAGUUCCAGAGGAGCCGACACCAGCUCCAGAGGAGCCAACCCCAGCUCCAAAGGGGCCGACUCCAGUUCCAGAGGAGUCAGCCCCAGAUACAAAGGAGCCGACUCCAGAUCCAGAGGAGUCAGCCCCAGCUCCAGAGCAACCAGCCCCAGCUCCAGAGCUACCAGUUCCAGCUGUUUCAAUCCCAGAGUCCACACCAGAAGAACCAACUCCAGUGCUUGAGGAGCCUGUGGCAGCAGCAGUAGAGGAGCAAAUACCUACAGCAGUCUCAGAAGAACCUGAGGCUGCAACAAAAGAACCUUCUGCUCCACCUGCACCUGAGGAUGUUCCUAUAGAGGAGCCUACUCCAGCCCCAGAACCUGUGCCGGAACCUGAGGCCAAUGCUGAAGUCCCAGAGGUUGUUCCUGCAAUUACUGAGGAGAUGGCUGACGCUAAACCCACAGAGUCAGAGCCAGAACUGGAGCCUGUCCCAGAGACUGCUGCUGAGCCAGAAGCCACUGUGGAGGAGACAAUGGUGCCUGCUGCCACCCCUGAACCUGAGCCUGAACCAGUUGCUGAGCCUGAGGCGUCAGCAGAGACACUGGCUGAUGUAGAAGCACCAGUACCAGCCAUAGAACCAGAGCCAGAACCACAGGAAGAACCAGAGCCAGAGCCUGUUGCAGCGGAGCCCACAGCAGAAGAACCAGUAGCAGAGGUUCAGCCAGAGCCAACACUAGUUGAAUCUAAAUCUACUGUAUCUGAGACUGUGGAAGCAGAAGUAGCAGCUCUUGAGGCCUCAGAGACUGCAGCAGAGGAGGCCCUGUCUGAAAUUCAGCCAGCAGAGGAAGACCCAGCUGCAGCAGAGGCUCCCAGCACUGAGGCAACAGCUGAGCCAGAAGCAACAGAACCUGUCCCUGAGAUUGUCAUUUCAGAGUCAGCCUCUGCUAGUGAAAUUGUUGCAGAGUCUGAGGAAAUAGCUAAGGCCUCUGCAGAAGAGGUAACUAGCCCGGAGCCUGAGGUAGAAACCACGAUGGAGAAUGGAGAAUUAGAGAGCCCUACAGAGAAUACGAUAGAAGUGGAUGCACCUCCUGCUGUAAAUGGAGAGUGCUCUGCUGCUUCUACUGAGCCACAGCCAGAGGAAUGUGUUAAUGGUACUGAAAAGCCUGAGGAGAUUCCUGUCAAGGAGCAAAGUGACUGUGAACUGAAAAAGGACUUGAACCUGAGUGGGGAUGCCCAUGAAGCCCCUGAUGCGGCCUCUGACAUGGUGGAGGUUAUCAGUACUACAGUCACUCAAACAGUUGAUACAGUCUGAAAAGAUGCAAUACUUCAAAUUAAUGUGAAUUCAGUUCAAUCCUCUGAUGGUGCAAGAAAGCCAUCUAAACAACAAAGCUAUACAGGCUUUCUGAAAUGCAGAAACCACAAAGUGUUCUGUGGUAACUCAGGCAAAAGGAUGAUUUUAUGGGUAACCCAAAAUGAAACGCAACCACUUGAGGAUAGAGAGAAAGAGAGUGAAACAGCAAAUGAGUAAGAGAGAUGUAAGUGCGGUGGGGUGGCUUGACUUUGGUAUGUGAAUGGUGAGUGCAGACAGUAAGAACCUGGGCAGCAAAGCAAAAAUAUUUGACAUUAACAAUGGAAUUGAUGAACUGAAUUAAUUGUUCUGUGUUUGUGUGUGAGCCCGAUGAAUAAUACGAAAUGGUUUAUUGGAACAGCAUUCAAUAUUAGUAUAUUAUCUGAUUUAGACUUUCAUAUAUCGUUUCCAUUACUCUAUGAAAAGAUAUGGAAGAAAUGUUUCGGCCUUUUAUAAUAAUGCAACCUGUGAGGAAUGUUUUAACUUGAUGGCUUGGAAUAGAGAAUAAAGAGACUGUUAUAGCCUA